UCUGUAUUUGGUCAAUUAAUCGCACAAGUUCAGGUAACAUCCGAUAUGGGGCACCACACUCCGUAAAUAACCUUGCAGCAUAUUGGUUUCAGUUUCACACAAUCUCAGCGUACCAUUGAUCUCUUUUUUUGCAAGUAAAAUCCGAAUUAUUUCAAGAAUUGACUUGUAUAAUCACGUUGGUACGCUAAAUCCUUAAAUUGUAAUAUAAGACAAUUUGUUUUUGUGAAACUAUAAAAAUGGAAAUAACGUAUAUGUACGCGUGUAAAAUUGUGUCAGUAUCCAAAUGAGGAUCACACGUAGAACAAAAAAGACUUGUAUCGUAUUCAUUGACUGCACAAAAGUUCGUCUAAUAAAUAUUGUGACGUGAAAGACAGACGCGUAUUACGCAAACAUUUGUGCAAACGCGCGACUGCUGCUCGUGCUGCUGCCUCGCCAGUGAAAUCUGAUGAUAUAUAAAUAAACAAGCGACAUGGAGGCUCAUGAGAGCGAGCAGUAUGUAACAUUUUCUCUUGAUGGUGUACAUGACACAGUACAGGAGAACAUAAUAUCUCAUGAAGAAAUAUGCGAACCCGUUGAAUGUGUUCUCCAGGAUGAACUUACUAAUGCUGUCAGUACUGACAUGGAGACACAGGAGGAUGCUGACAAGAUUCUUAGGGAACAGUCGGAUGAGGAAGAUGAGAAUACAGUAGAGUAUCCAAUAUAUAUUAAGGAAGAGGAACAACAGCAGUAUAUGUCAGGUGAUGAUGAGUCCAUGGCUGUGGAAGCCCUGCGCCAGUUAGGUGGUAUGUAUCCAAGCUUUGAAGGUAAAAAACUCAGUUGCCCAACUUGUAAGAGUCUUUUUACCCAAGAAGAAAUGGUUAAACAUCGGUCUACAUGUACAGAAUCAAAGCUGUCCUGCACAACUUGUGGAGAAAAAUUUGAGAGAAAGAUUGACCUAAAUAACCAUAUGGUUUGUCAUCAAGUGGAUCGUCCACAUGCCUGCAGAACAUGUGGUAAUUUAUUUCGUUCCAAGAGUAGUCUGAACGCUCACAUGUUGCAAGCACAUCAGGUUGAACGGCCAUAUAAGUGUACUGUCUGCGGAUCUGAUUUUUUGAGGCCUUCUAGUUUGUCCAAUCAUAUGAAAAUUCACUCAUAUGUUCCGGGACGAGGUAUUGCGCAAUCACAGAGAAAUCUUAUAUCUCAGUCAGCAGAAACGUUUAGGAAAUGGCCAGAGAAUGCAUCGGAUUCACAGAAUAUAUCACACACGACAUCUUCAUCUGUGCAAACUAUUCAUAAUUAUGAUGUAUGUCAAGUUCAAUGGCCUACAUCAACAUACAAUUUCCAGAAUGAGCAAUCAAUAGUCACAACGAUGUCAAAUCAACAAGAAAAGAUAGAAACAUUACAGGAGUUUACAGUAAUUCCCAACGAUGAGAUAUCACAAUUUGCUGAAUACACUGACCAAAAUAAUAUUAACAAUUCAGUUAAUACUACUCAACAGUACAAUCUAACAAUAAAUUCAUUUAAUACUCCCGAUGGUAUAGUUAAAGUACAGUCCCUUAUACAAAAUAAUACGAAUAGAGAUUUUAAAGAAACCGAAACAAACAAUAGCAAACAAUAUAUAAACACAAACACAUGUAAACAUUGUGGAGUCUACUUCGCACGUGUACAAGCAUUGGUGUCACAUGAGAAGACUCAUAAAGAGUGGAUCAAUCCAGUUGAAUGCCAGUACUGCGAAAGACAGUUUCAGGACGGGAAUCAUCUGGCUACUCAUCAGACUACUUGCGCUAAGAAGAUAAUCCAAAACAAGGACAAAAACGGAUCCAACAACAAAUUAGCGUGCAAAUUGAUAUGCAAACACGCUUGCUCGGAAUGUGGAAAAAAAUUUCCAACCAAACAGAAGAUGUAUCGUCACAAAUGGAUUCAUCGAAAGAAAACUUACUCAUGCGAAGUGUGCGGUUUGCAGUUUGAGAAGCAGAGCGAAUUAGACGAACAUCGGCUGUCGGCACAUCCCGGAGAUUCGCCAUUUACUUGCACGGAAUGUGGAAAAAGCUUUGUAUCGCGACAAGGUCUUUGGGAACACGGUAGAACGCAUGCCGGAAGCCCGGCGCAUUUUCAGUGUGACACCUGUUCGAAGACAUUUUCAUCUCGCCAGGGAUAUUUAAUACAUAAUCGUACGCACACCGGCGAACGACCGUACGGUUGCAAGUUUUGUUGGAAAUCCUUCCGAGACGGCGGAACUCUACGGAAACACGAACGGAUUCACACAGGUGAGAGACCUCACGUGUGUCCAAUAUGCACGAGAGCUUUUAAUCAAAAGGUAGUUUUGCGCGAGCAUGUUCGAUGGGUUCACGCCGCAGGAAAAAAUGAGACGGAAAAAAGCGAUCCUCCGUAUCCCUGUCCACUUUGCGGUGCUCUGAACCAAGACCGCGAUGAGCUUUGUGCACACAUCGUCAAGCAUUCGGACCAAAUGAUUGCCGAAGCUAAAGCGAAAAACGUUAAUAUUUCUCCGAAGAUAAAGCCAACGAAGAAAAAGGCAAAGACGUCCUCCUGUGGCAUCGACGUACAGACGAAAGAAGACACGUUAGAGAAUCUUAUUUCGAAAACGGAUCAAGCCAAAGCCAUAUUAUCUAUUACAGACACGUCUGAUAAUCCGGAUGAUUUGAACGUUAUGAACGAAAAACAGAACAAUGCCUUUGUUGUGGUUACCACGGAUAAACGCAGCGACGGUUUUAUAUCGAUAUCCGAGCUCAAGCACAGCAACAUAGAAUUCAUCGUAGAAAGCAAAGAAGACGAGAAUAUUCAUGUACUUCAAAUGGAUAGAAAUCCCAGAGAUCCUUUAAAUAUAAUUACCAUGGGCAAGCAAAACAACACGGCGCACAUCGUGUCAACGGUGUCCGUCGACAGCGCUCUCGAUGAAACUAUCAGGUCGAACAAUAUGUCCGCGAUGCAGUUGAUCCAGUCUUCUAAGCAGAACAACACUUUAAACAUAAUAUCGAAGCAAAACGAAGCGUUACCCGUUUUAACAAUUCCUAAUCCUCAAAAUCACGAUAAUUACUCCAGUCAGAUCAUACAAGUAAACACUACAAACAUGCCUAUAGAUAUAGUAACUCAAGAUGAGGAAAAUCAUACCCAAAACGAACAAGACUCUUUAAUACAAGAAGAAACAUCUCAUGUUAUUCAAGUUGUACCUUAUCAGGAUGACAGUGAUGGAGAGGACUUUAUAUGUGGAAUAUGUGCAGAAGGGUUUGAUGAUAAGGAGUCGUUAAAGACGCACAUUAAGAUUCAUAUAUAAUUUGUCAUCACCACUUUGCUGUUCACGUGUAUAAUAUUUACUAAUAUCGCUGUGUAGAAAGUAUCAGAUAAAAGUAAUAGAAAGUAAUAGAGUGUAAAAUAUACUUUCUAAUCCUUUAUCUCACUAAUGACUUAAAUCGCACAAUAUAAUAUAGUUCUAUCUGUAAUAUUUGAAUUUGGAGAAACAAUAAACUUACUGUGUAUAUAUAAAAAGAUUAAGUGUAUAGAAUACAGACACAUACAUUCUAUACAUAAAGUUUAUAGAAAGACAUUUAUUGCAAGAUUGAAUGUUUUGAUAUAUUAUGUGAAUAGCAAAGUUUGUUAGAAUUGAAUAAAAAAAAUACAUAUAUUUUAAUAAAGUACAAGCUACUUUCUCCGGAACUUAAAGAUAUCAGCGAAAGAUCCAAGGCACUAUGUAUAAUAAUUAUUAGUAAUUGAAUAGUAUUGUUUAAUAAUGGAAAAUAGGAUCAGCAUAAAUAUUUCGAAAAGAAGCAGAUUACACAUAUACACAUAUACAUAAAAUCAAAAUUACAUUUUCAUUCAUAUAAA